UUGAUGAUGGUUCCCAAAAUAGUUCAAUUUCUCAUUAUCUUAUAUCUCUUUACGGUUACUUUCGCUUCCAUGGAGGAAGCAAUUGCCCUCCUAAAAUGGAAAGCAACUUUCAAGAACCAGACUAAUUCCUUAUUGACUUCAUGGACACAAAGUUCGAAUGCAUGUGAGGAAUGGUAUGGAGUUAUGUGCUUAAAUGGUAGGGUAAGCAAGUUGGAUAUUCAAGGUGCUCGUGUCAUCGGUACACUCUAUGAUUUUCCAUUUUCGACUCUUCCUUUUCUUGAAUAUGUUGAUCUUAGUAUGAAUAAUCUCUCUGGAACUAUCCCACCUGAAAUUGGUAAUCUCACUAAUCUUGUCUAUCUUGACUUGCACAUCAAUUUAAUUUCAGGCACAAUCCCAUCACAAAUCGGUUCACUUGCCAAGCUUCAGACCAUUUACCUCUAUGACAACCUUUUAAAUGGUUCCAUUCCUGCCUCAUUGAGUUAUUUAAGGUCUCUUACUUCUCUAGAUUUGGGUACUAAUUCUCUUAAUGGUUCUAUUCCUACUUCAUUGGGAAAUUUGACCAACUUAUCCAGUUUGUUUCUUAAUGGGAAUCGCCUUUCGGGCUCUACUCCUACUUCAUUGGGAAAUUUGACCAACCUUUCUAUUCUAUAUCUUCAGGAGAAUAACCUUUCUGGCUCCAUUCCUGAAGAAAUAGGUUACUUAAGGUCUCUCAGUCAACUAGUUUUGGCUAAGAAUUCUCUAAGUGGUGCUAUUCCUGCUUCAUUGGGAAAUUUGACUAGCUUAUCUGAUUUACUGUCUAUUCUAUAUCUUAAUCAGAAUAACCUUUCUGGCUCCAUUCCUGAAGAAAUAGGUUAUUUAAGGUCUCUUAGUCAACUAGUUUUGGCUAAGAAUUCUCUAAGUGGUGUUAUUCCUGCUUCAUUGGGAAAUUUGACCAACCUUUCUGUUCUGUUCCUUUAUCAGAAUAACCUUUCUGGCUCCAUUCCUGAAGAAAUAGGUUACCUAAGGACUCUUAGUUAUUUAGAUUUCUCUACUAAUUUUCUUAGUGGUUCUAUUCCUACUUCUUUGGGGAAUUUGAAUGAGUUGUAUCUUUUGUCUCUCUUUGCUAACAACCUUUCUGGUUCGAUUCCAAGUGAGUUGGGGAAUAUAGGAAGACUUGUUACUAUGUAUUUAAAUAUUAAUCAACUCAUUGGUUCAAUUCCGGAUUCCUUUGGCAAAUUGAGAAACUUGCAAUGGAUGUAUCUCCACAACAACAAUCUCACUGAGAAAAUUCCUUCAUCUUUCUGCAAUUUGAUGAAAUUGGAAGUGGUGUAUUUGGGGAGAAACAACUUGACGGGAGAAAUUCCGCAAUGUCUAGUUAAUAUCAGUGGACUCGAGGUAUUGAAAAUAGAAGAUAAUAAUCUCGGUGAAGAUAUCCCUUCGUCUAUUUGCAAUCUAACGUCACUAAGGAUUUUAGAUUUGGGUAGAAACAAUUUGAAGGGAGAAAUUCCACAAUGUUUUGGCAACAUGGGUGGUCAUCUUGAGGUUUUGGAUAUCCACCAAAACAAUCUUUAUGGGACUCUUCCAGAAACUUUUAGCAAUGGAAGUGUACUCAGAAGCUUAGACUUGCAUGACAAUGAAUUAGAAGGAAAAAUCCCCCGAUCUUUAGCCAAUUGCAAAAACUUGGAAAUUCUUGAUUUAGGAGAGAAUAAUCUCUCUGGAACUAUCCCACCUGAAAUUAGUAAUCUCACUAAUCUUGUCUAUCUUGACUUGCACACCAAUAUGAUUUCAGGCACAAUCCCAUUACAAAUCGGCUCACUAGCAAAGCUCCAGAAUAUUAACAUCUAUGACAACCUUUUAAAUGGUUCCAUUCCUGCCUCAUUGAGUAAUUUGACCAACUUGUCUAUUUUGUCUCUUUAUCAGAAUAAUCUUUCUGGCUCGAUUCCUACAGAAAUAGGUUAUUUAAGGUCUCUUACUUCUCUAGAUUUGGGUACUAAUUCUCUUAAUGGUUCUAUUCCUACUUCAUUGGGAAAUUUGACCAACUUAUCUAGUUUGUUUCUUAAUGGGAAUCAUCUUUCAGGCUUUAUUCCUGCUUUAUUGGGAAAUUUGACCAGCCUUUCUAUUCUGUAUCUUCAGGAGAAUAACCUUUCUGGCUCCAUUCCUGAAGAAAUAGGUUAUUUAAGGUCUCUUAGUCAACUAGUUUUGGCUAAGAAUUCUCUAAGUGGUGUUAUUCCUGCUUCAUUGGGAAAUUUGACCAACCUUUCUGUUCUGUUCCUUUAUCAGAAUAACCUUUCUGGCUCCAUUCCUGAAGAAAUAGGUUACCUAAGGACUCUUAGUUAUUUAGAUUUCUCUACUAAUUUUCUUAGUGGUUCUAUUCCUACUUCUUUGGGGAAUUUGAAUGAGUUGUAUCUUUUGUCUCUCUUUGCUAACAACCUUUCUGGUUCGAUUCCAAGUGAGUUGGGGAAUAUAGGAAGAUUGGAAAUUCUUGAUUUAGGAGACAAUAACUUCAACGACACAUUUCCAAUAUGGUUUGAAACUUUGACAAAUCUGAAAGUUUUAAGCUUGAGAUCGAACAAAUUGCAUGGGCCAAUUAGAGCUCUAAGUAAUGAAAACAUGUUUUAUGAGCUUCGAAUCAUAGAUCUCUCUUACAAUGCUUUCACAGGAAACUUGUCGACUAGUCUAUUUCAAAAAUUGAAAGCCAUGAGGACAAUUGAUCAAACAGCGAAGGUACCAACAUAUCUUGGUAAAUCUGGAGAGAGAGAUUACAAUGAUUCUGUAACAGUUUCAACGAAGGGAAUGGAGUAUGAAUUGGAUAGAAUUUCGACACUUUUCAAGACUAUCGAUCUUUCAAGUAACAAAUUUGAAGGACAUAUUCCAAGUAGUUUGGGAGAUCUCAUUGCACUUCGGGUGGUAAAUUUCUCUCAUAACAGAUUGCAUGGUAAUAUACCAUCAUCACUUGAAAGUUUAUCUUUAGUCGAAUCAUUGGAUCUUUCAUUCAACCAGCUUUCGGGAGAGAUACCACAACAACUUGCUGCUCUUACGUUUCUUUCAUUCUUAAAUCUCUCUCACAAUCAUCUCCAAGGAUGCAUUCCUCAAGAACAUCAAUUUGAUACAUUUCAAAAUAAUUCAUAUGAAGGUAAUGAUGGAUUACAAGGAUUCCCUGUUUCGAAAGGUUGUGGAAGUAUUUGGCCGCCAGAGACAAAUAAUGCUGAUUAUGGUGAAGAAAGCAAUUCUGAAUUUAUGAAUGAUUUUUGGAAAGCUACUCUUAUGGGAUAUGGAAGUGGUCUAUGUAUUGGAUUAUCCAUAAUAUAUUUCAUGAUGUCAACUGGAAAUCUGAAAUGGCUUGCAAGAAUCAUUGAAGGAUUGGAGUACAAAAUUAUUAUGCGACAGGGAAAAAGGCACUAA